AUGAUCGGAGAGCACCAGCAUCAGGGCAUAGGUACAACUAUAGUACAUCAGUCUCCUCCUGUUCAUCGGAGAACGCGGCCAUCUCCAGUUUCUUCAGGAAACUUGAAUGACUUCCGAAUAUCGCCGAUAAGUAUGCCGCAAUCUGCGCCAUCACAUCAGGCCUAUUCUGGCGCAAAGAUCGUGCUGGCAUCACCGCCUGCGACGACCUUGUUUCUGGAAAACGACAACUACUCUGGCUCUGGCAAUGCACUAGAAGUGGAGCGGCACGAGCAAUAUAAUUCGUUGCAGCAACAGAACAAUAGUACUAGUUUGAUGUCACACAUCGGAGGUGCCUCUCAACAUGCUCAUGCCGCCCUCCAUAAUUAUGAUCGGAAUUUAAAGAAGCAACAAAUUCCGAUGCAACAAAAAAUAUUUUCAACUCCUUCUGGAGGCGGUGGUGCGAGGACAGAUUUCUCUUUCCUGAACAGAUCGAAUCUCAGUAGCAGUCCGACAUCUACAGACGCUGUACUGCAGAAGUGCCGGG